GGAGGGCGUGCUUAAUGCCCCUGGGAUCCGUUCCUUGUUUUCCAUGUGUCCGGGGGUUGGAAGGCAGCUGAAAGUUCAAACACACACAUACACUCCCUCAUGCUCUGCAUGGCAAGAGCUCAGAGAUUAAGGGGUUUGUCUGCGCCGCCAACAACAAGGAUUGCUCACGGCUCGCAACUUUGCCAAAGAGGAAGGAUGAUUCAUUUUUGUAACUUUUGUAUGUAUUACAGAUAGGCCUUUGUUGCAAAGUAGGCAGUGGUGAACCUGUUUUUCUUUUGUGCAUCUGCUCGACACAGGACAUGUGUAACAGUGUGGAGCAAGAGCAGCUACCAUCUCUGUGUGCGUCUGAGUUCUCUGAGUAAAGGAGCCAGGGGAUGCAGGUGGCAGCGAGGCUUUGCGCUAACUUGUUUGAAGUCUUUUUUUUCUCAUGUCAGAGGUGAAGGAUUAUGCCUGGCACAGGAAUUUAGUCCUCAGAUGCAGGACUUUAUGAGCUGACUCUCGACUCCCGGGCAGAAUGUGAGCAGUGGCCUGCGCCGCACGCUUGUUUUUUCGUGAGCGGACGAGGAUGAAUCAAUUGGAGUGAAGUGCGAUGUUAUUCCUCAGCAGUGGGACCGUGGAUGCGACCCCUAGGAGCACAGCUGUCGACCAGCAGCAGCAGGAGACGCCGCUUUACCAGGUCUCUGUGGUCCUGAAAGACACGCAGGGGGAUGUAUCCGUGUCGGAGCAGGGAAUGGGCCGGGUCACCCGCACCCUGGUGGAGAAGUGCCAGUCGAAGGGAGCGAUAAUUAGUCUAGUGCCAAUGGAUAACAGCCCCAGGCUGGGCAGGGCACGACAGGAGCUCGACAGGUGGCCCUCCCUGAGCCGCACGGGUAGGGCUGGAAGGCGAAGAGAGGAGGUAGUUGUGGAGGAGAAUGAGGAGGAGCUGGAGGAGGUGGAGGGGAAAAUGAAGACUGACAGGUUUGUGAAACAACCCUCCAAGUGCUUAGGAAACUCUUCACUACACGACAGAGACGUGGUGGAGCCAACAGGCUCCCAGGAGCGGCGCAUUCGGAGCUCGACGCUAUGCUCUGCCACCGUCCACGCUAAAGGGCUUCUCACCGGGGAUCAUGGCACUCUUACAGGACAUAGCUCUCUGCCUCGGGCUGUGCUACGAAGGUCGCGUCAAGAUGAAGCCCAGCCGGGCAGGAGAGCGAUGAGCAUGUAUGGCGACCCAGUCAAGCAAGAAGGAGAUACUCAACCUGAACAAGAAAGGCGGCUGCGGAGGCCCAGGAGUGUUUGCAUGCUGGCAGGCCCAGGCACAGCUCCGUCAGAGCCCCAGACCCAGCAGUCCUUUAAAAGGACAGGCGUUUUGGAAAACAACCAGCAAUACAGGAGCAGGAAGGCCGAGUUGAGAGCGGUGGAUGGCCUCAGUUCUGCCGUGGCUCCGCGGCCACCAGCCCCUGCAGAGGUGGCCCUCAGGGGCCUCCAGAGGAGCUCAAAGCCCAGGCCUGUCAGCAUGACAGUGCUGGAGCUGCGAAAGAGGGGCUCUGAUGACGAGACAGAAAGCCAGAGAAGCUGCAACCACUCAGGGGGCGAUGGAGGGGGCUUUCUCAAAGGAAACUUCCGUUGGCGGCUGUUCGGAAAGGGACCUAAAGACACUGGCAAGGAGAAGGACGGUGACAAGGACGCGAAGAGUCCUCCUAAACUCAGCAAGUCUGAUGCUCCAAAAAAUACGCUAAGUUCUUUAAGGCGGAGCUUCAGUCUGCGGGUCAGGAGGAAUCGGCCACGGGACAAGGUUAAUCUAGGGUCUGGGGAAGACUCUAAGGAGUGUGAAAGUACAUCUGAGGAGGCAACAAUGCCUCCACGACCUUUCUCUUACCUCACAGGAAGAACACUUCCAACUUCCAGUGAGCAGACAGAAGAUGGGGGCAUGCAGUACAUUCAUUACCACAGCAUGGGAAAGGUCAAGGUAAUGGAGGUACCCGUCUGUCCAACAAAACUGUCUUCCAGGCCAGUUGAGGAAGAACCAAGCUUAUGGCAGCUCAUAGUGAACCGUUUCAGGAGGAAAGAGCAGCCAUUCAAUGGCAAAUGUGAAUCCCAGCCGCCCCAGAGCAAAGACAGUAGUGGCCAAUAUCCCCAGACGGGGAAUAAUAAGUCACAGCCAGUCACCAUAGAUACUCUGGCAGGCAUUGACUCCCACAAAGGUCAAGACUCUUUCGUCAACAGCCAGGAAUGGACAUUGAGUCGGUCAGUGCCAGAGCUGAAAGUGGGCAUUGUGGGAAACCUGUCCAGUGGGAAGUCCGCCCUGGUGCAUCGGUACUUGACAGGCACAUAUGUGCAGGAGGAGUCUCCUGAAGGUGGACGUUUCAAGAAGGAAAUCGUGGUGGAUGGACAGAGCUACCUGCUUCUGAUCAGAGAUGAAGGAGGGCCUCCAGAAUUACAGUUUGCUGCCUGGGUGGAUGCGGUGGUUUUCGUCUUCAGCCUGGAGGAUGAGAUCAGCUUCCAGACAGUCUACAAUUACUUCUUGCGCCUAUCCAGCUACAGGAACACAGCUGAGGUCCCAAUGGUCCUCGUUGGGACACAAGAUGCAAUCAGUGCCGCCAACCCCAGAGUGAUAGAUGACUCACGGGCCAGAAAGUUGUCAAACGACCUGAAGCGCUGCACGUACUAUGAGACAUGCUCCACCUACGGCCUGAAUGUGGAGAGAGUCUUCCAGGACGUUGCCCAGAAGGUUGUGGCCAUGAGGAAAAAGCAGCAGCUCUCUAUCGGCCCAUGCAAAUCGCUCCCCAACUCUCCCAGCCACUCGUCGGUCCCCGCUGCAUCCAUCCCCUCCGUUCACAUUAACCAGGCGGCCAAUGGUGGGGGUGCGUUCAGCGACUACUCCUCCUCCGUUCCCUCCACCCCCAGCAUAAGUCAGCGGGAGAUGCGCAUUGAGACCAUCGCCGCCUCCAACACACCCACGCCCAUCCGCAAGCAGUCAAAGCGCCGCUCCAACAUUUUCACAUCACGGAAAGCCAGUGAGCAGGCAAAGAGCGUUGACAGUAAAACAGACAGCAUAGGCAGUGGGAGGGCCAUACCUAUCAAACAGGGAAUCCUUCUGAAGCGAAGUGGCAAAUCCCUCAACAAGGAGUGGAAAAAGAAAUAUGUCACACUGUGCGAUAAUGGCGUCCUCACUUACCACCCCAGUUUACAUGACUACAUGCAGAACGUGCAUGGGAAAGAGAUCGACUUGCUGAGGACGACCGUCAAGGUGCCCGGGAAGCGGCCGCCCAGAGCAGUUGCCACCGUUGCACCAACUGCGAGUCCCAAAACCAAUGGUCUGACCAAGGACCGCAGCACCUUGCAGCUGGGCAUAGGGAACACAGGCGCGCCUCACUCCAACAGCAGCACGUCCCUCCAGACGGGCGGGUCGCUGUUCGGCGGCAGCAAGGAGGGCAUGCACCAGCGCUCCUUCUCCGUGUCCAGCGCCGACCAGUGGAAUGAAGCCAUCAACACCAGUACAAGCAGCGGAGCCCCCAAUGGAAUGGGUGAUCCCACAACAUCCAGCAUUGGAAGCGCGACCAGCCCCAAACUUGAGCCGCCUCCCUCGCCGCACGCCAACCGCAAGAAACACAGGCGGAAAAAGAGCACGGGCAUCACAAAGCCAGACGGUUUAUCUGCGGGCAAUGAAGAGCAAGAGGAUUCCUUCGAGUUCAUCAUCGUGUCGUUGACGGGUCAGACCUGGAACUUUGAGGCGUCCACAUACGAGGAGAGGGAGCUGUGGGUCCAAGCAAUAGAGAGCCAGAUCUUCGCCAGCCUGCAGUCCUGCGAGAGCAUAAAGAACAAGUCUCGGUUAGGCAGCCAAAGUGAUGCGAUGGCCAUUCAGUCCAUACGGAAUGUGAGGGGGAACAGCUUCUGUGUGGACUGCGACGCACCCAACCCGGACUGGGCCAGUUUGAACCUUGGCGCCUUGAUGUGCAUCGAGUGUUCGGGCAUCCACAGGAACCUGGGCACCCACCUGUCUCGCGUGCGCUCUCUGGACCUGGAUGACUGGCCGGUGGAGCUGAGCAUGGUGAUGACGGCCAUCGGUAACGCGAUGGCCAACAGCGUGUGGGAGGGCGCUCUGGAGGGAUACACCAAGCCGGGGAGCGACAGCACCAGGGAGGAGAAGGAGCGCUGGAUCCGCGCCAAGUACGAGCAGAAGCUGUUCCUGGUGGGGCUGCCCCAGUCGGACGUGCCUCUGGGGCAGCAGCUGCUUCGGGCGGUGGUGGAAGAUGACCUGAGGUUGGUGGUGCUGCUGCUGGCCCACGGCACCAAGGAGGAGGUUAAUGAGACCUACGGGGAUGGAGACGGACGCACCGCUCUGCACCUCUCCUGCGCCAUGGCCAACGUAGUCAUCACUCAGCUGCUCAUCUGGUACGGCGUGGACGUGAAGAGCCGAGACGCCCGUGGCCAGACGCCGCUGUCCUACGCUCGGCGGGCCGGCAGCCAGGAGUGCUCGGACAUAUUGCUCCAACACGGCUGCCCCAACGACUCCGGCAGCCUGACCUCGGUGGCCACCCCGAACAUGAGCCGCCGCAACCCCAACAUCAACAACAACAACGCCCAGUGUGAGCUCAACCGCAGCAUCAGCAUCAUGUAGGAGGCAGAAAGCAGACGGACACUCAAAAAACCCCCCCCGGACCUGGCCGUGUCUCUCUCUUCCCAGUACUUUCUCCUGUUUUUCACACUGUGUAACCAAGAACCAACGGAGAGGCGUCAGGAGCGAUGGACUGACUGUUGAUAUUCCACUACGCUGAGAGCAGUGGGCGUCUGGGGCUCGGACAUUGUACAUUGUUCAUUUUAUAUUGUUUUUAAUAAUUUUGUUUGUUAAAUUUAUUCUGUCUUGGUCUGAAACGAUCACGAUGAGCUUUAAGCUUUUUUUUUUGUUUUUUAAGCGUCAACCAAACGAAUGGUUUUCUUUGGCAUUCAUACCUACCCUACGAAAAGCAUUUCCAUAAUGCUUGAACAUUUCCUUUCAUGUCUUCCCUUCCGCGUUCUGAACUGAUCACGUAACGAGUGUCAAAUUUCCAAGCGUAACAACACGAAGCUGUAAAGAAUAGUUUUACAAGUGACAAAACACUGAUGUGGCACAGACACUAAAUCUCUCGUGAUAUCAGUGGCUGUUACAAGCUUUCGUAAUGAUGCAUGCCUUCAACGCAGCUAUCAAACUCUUGACAUACUAUUCGUAUAUAAAGGCAAAGCGAUUAUAGUUAGAAUCCAAAUGAUUUAGAUACUUAAUUCACAGGGAAAUGGAUUUCGGAUCACCAUAAAGGAGUUGAUUGCAGAAUUCCUAUUGGGUGAAAGUGAGUCAUUUCCUUCGCCACCCUUAUCAUGAGUAAAAGUGUCCGUGACUAUAAAGGAAUUAAGGAGUAUAAUGUUUUAUGACCAUUGAGCCUCAUGGCUUUGUCAGCGUGCCUCUUCAAUCAGAAUUCAUUCAAAUUCAAAGGUUUGAUUGAAACAGUGAAAGUGUCCCAUUACGAUGUCUUUGUUGGAGUAAUUUUCCGAUUGACUAGAUUGUGUUGAUAAUUGUUUGACACAGAUUCGAGGGCCCGCGGGCGAGCGUACUGGAAUAUCCCCUCGCCUCCUGGGGCCCGGAGGCUGUAAAAUUGAUACUCUAAAGAGCAUUUCCACUGUCGUUGCUGUGAAAUACAUAUGUGGUACUGUGUGUGUCAUGCAUAACUGUACGAUGCGUCUGUGCUUGCGUCCUCGUCGGUAAAUGUGUGUGGCGAAGAGCGACCGGGCAUUUCUGUUCAUGAACGUUGGAGAAAGGACACUGGAGAGAAAACGCCUACAGUGAAGAUUUGGGAACAUAACUGUGUUUUAAUGUACAAACCUCUGUAAAAAAAAAAAAAAAAAAAAAAAAUGAAAAGGAAAAAAAAGUAGUUCUUGAUCCUUCGCCUUAUUCCUUAUAUAAGAACAGUACUUUUAGCGUGGUAAAAACAACCCUUUUAUCCUUUUCCUUAAAGCUCUGUGCCCCCCCCCCAUCCUGAGAACCUGUCAGCCUAAAAGCAGGGACGUAACAGAAUGCAUUAAUGUGACUGAAGUGAGAGUGACGUUUAGGGACUAAAUUGAGCGUAAAAGCUCGUAGAGGGAAGUAAAAUUAGUUUGAGUUAAUACAUAUGUACAGUAUUCUACAGACAUGAUAAGCCAAUCCAUUUAUAGCAAAUAGAACAUGGGUAAGACUUUAGGUGAAGUUGGCACAUUGUCUACAGUGUACCUUACCUUUUAUUCUACUGCCACCUGUGAGGUUCUUGAUUUUAUGGGUUUACAAAAAGCAGAAUGUGUGUUUACAGAGCGAGUUUUUUAAUUUGGUACCUUAUCUACAUGAUUUUGUUGUUGCUUUGCAGUAUUCCUGCGUUAAGAGCUCUCUGAAUCAUGAAUUUGUAGCCAGAAGGCCAUUUCGCCCCCCUCCUGUAAAUCCAGGAGGUACGAUGUUGUGAAGGAAUUUUUUUUGACAUUUUUUGUAAAUACGCUUAUGUGCUUUCUUGAUAAAAGUUUGAUGAGAUGGUCGAUACCUGUGUAUAUUGCUGCCUUUGAAAGGGUUUUGCGGACUCCUACAGAAAAUGCUCGGCUUUAAAGUUGUCAACGGCGGCAAUAUAAGUCGGGAGAACGCGGGUGCUAUCCAACUAAAAGCUAACAAGGCUAACAAUUUAGCAGACUAACAAUUUAGUGUCGACGAAGUAAAUUCAGGGGCAUAAUCAAAUGAUGGGGAGCAUUUCCUGCACAUAUUAUGAGAAAAAAAAAUACAUAAUGUGUGUGUGACUAAGUGACAAAAUAUCAUGAAUGUUGGUAACAUCAACCGCUUUUGAACACACCAUAUAUACAGAGAUGUUGGAUGCAGUUAGCCUAGGCUAGCAAGGCCUAGCUAAUGUGACUUAGCAAACAAUUGCACCAUGUAACCCUCUUUAAAUUUACAAACCGACAUUUUCAUGAUUAUACUUUUAUAAAUUAAACAAACAGGAUGUUAUUUUUACACGGAGAUGCGCUUUGAGUACGCUUUCAAACUCUGGAGGCAGAGCUGAGUCUUUAUGCUAGCAACUAGCUCAGCUAGGCUUCUCAUCGAGCUCCCAGCAAGGCAAAUAAGCAUCACUACCCAAAAUGUUGAAUGAUUUCUAGUAAGGCGUCCCCAAGACCAGCUACAAAUUCAGCCUGAUUUCUUUGAAUUCACUAGUACUGUACUGUGAUACUGGCCUUAUUUCUGAUCGUUACUUGACCAACUUAUUUUUCCGUGAGUACAUUUCAGUGUACAAAGGGAUUACUGAUAGGAGUGACAUGUGUACAGUGAUUACCCGAACCCUUAUUUACUGUAGAUGACUAAAAAAAAAAAUAAAAAACAUUCUAAAAAAAGAAAUAAAAAUAAUAAUGAUUAAAAAAAAACAAAGAAAACACAAAAACCUGCCAGUUUUUGUCUCCAACACUACAUGAAGUGUACAUAUUGGCUUAUGCUCCUUGAGAAACGAAACGAGCUGGUUUUAGGUCCUCUUGACCCUCGAACCUUAUUUUGAUAAGUUGUUUAAGUUGUUUAGGCAUAUUUUUAAGGUACUUUUGUUGGUCUUGACAUUAACUGGCCAUCUUUGGUACUUGUGUAUAAUGAUGUACAUUUGACAUAUUUAUAAUGCAGUAUGUAAAUAUCUUUUUUGUUUGUUUUUUUUUUUUGUUUUUUUUUGUUCAUUUUCCUAUUGUAAUUCCUUUACGUUCAAAACGUGAAACAAGGCAAAAAGCUAAAGAGUAACUUGUUGUAUGCUUGGAUGCUUGGCUGACUGUUGACCUAUUAAUAAACACUCAAAUAAAACCAUGUAGCCUUCCCUGGAUUUAGGGAGAUCCGA